AUGAUCAGGACGACCUUGAUCAAGUCUACCGCAUCACCCGCGCUUAGGCUCGGACUCUCUUCUUCACCACUACGAAGUAGAAGCGUGCUGGCUCUUACUCUGGGGAGCCACACCCAUGUUUCUAGGCAGCUCUCGACCUCAUCUAUGCGGCCCAACGAGUCGAUCUUGACUACAAAACAGAGCCACAAUGAGUCUACUGAGGGACACAACUUGAAACAUGAAGUUCGUGAAGUCCCGCUGAAAGAAGGUACUGGUUCUCGGUUGACCCAACAUGAUGCAGUCAGCACUGUGCCCGUCAUGGUUCGUGGUGAUUGGGUACUAUUCCAUCCUGUUUAUUCCCCCGAAGAAUUGAAAGCUGUUGAGGUUCUCCACCGGAACCCUAAAACCUUAGGGGACAAGUUCGCUGCUGGUCUUGUGAAGCUUUCGCGAAGGAUAUUCGACUUCGUUUCGGGGUACAAACACAACACAAAUCCCCCUGCCCCGGGUAUGACACUUGAAGAACUUCGAAAAGCUGGUUAUAUGCUUUCUGAGAAACAAUGGCUGGAGCGUAUCCUAUUCUUGGAAAGCAUUGCAGGUGUACCGGGAAUGGUGGCCGCUACUCUUCGUCAUCUGACAAGUCUUCGUUUGAUGCGCCGGGAUAGUGGAUGGAUUCACACUUGUUUGGAGGAGGCUGAAAACGAGAGAAUGCAUUUGAUGACGUUCAUGACCCUACGACAGCCUUCAAUCUUCUUUAGAUUGAUGAUCUUGGGUGCCCAAGGGGUCUUUUACAAUCUUUUCUUUUUGUCCUAUUUGAUUUCACCAAAAAUAUGCCAUCGAUUCGUCGGUUAUCUAGAAGAGGAAGCCGUUGUUACAUACACACGGUGUAUUGCCGACCUCGAAGCUGGAAAGAUACCCGAGUGGACCAAUCUGCCGGCUCCUGAAAUCUCCAUCGACUACUGGCGACUCCAUCCCGAUGCGAAGCUCUUGGACGUGCUUUAUGCUGUCAGGUCUGAUGAAACAACGCAUCGCUUUGUAAACCACAGUCUUGCGAACUUGAACCCCGCCACCGAUGUUAACCCAUUUGCUCUUCGGGAACCUGAUAUGCAUGUCAAAGGCGCAAAAAUAGAGCAAGUAAUUUUGAUCUGGCCUUAA